UCUCACACUCCUCGCUUUCCGUGGAUGGAUUUGCACCACCUACAGCCACCGUUCAUCGGAAGAACAACAAUGGAAGAUACCCAACGUACUUCUACAACACCCACAGAAACAGUCAAACAGAAUCAAAGACUGGUGUUUGCUGUGAAUGGAGAACGCUUUGAGCUGUCUACUGUCGAUCCCUCAACUACACUACUUCAGUUCUUGCGUUCUCAGACUCGUUUCAAGAGUGUUAAGCUCGGUUGUGGUGAAGGUGGUUGUGGUGCGUGUAAUGUUCUUCUGUCCAAGUUUGACUCCACGCUCAAACAAGUUGAAGAUUAUACAGUGAGUUCAUGUCUAACACUUCUUUGCAGUGUGAAUGGGUGUUCGAUCACUACAACCGAAGGGCUUGGUAGCAGCAAAGACGGAUUUCAUUCCAUUCACCAACGUUUUGCAGGGUUUCAUGCGUCUCAGUGCGGCUUUUGUACUCCAGGGAUGUGUGUUUCACUCUUCUCAGCACUUGUCAAUGCAGAAAAAACCCAUCGGCCAGAAGCCCCUCUUGGUGUAUCCAAGCUCACUGCCUCAGAAGCCGAAAAGGCAAUUUCUGGGAAUCUCUGCCGCUGUACUGGUUAUCGACCUAUUGCUGAUGUCUGUAAAAGUUUCUCAGCUGAUGUUGAUAUGGAAGAUUUGGGGAUUAAUUCAUUCUGGAAAAAGGGCAAGUCUUCGGAUGCCAAACUUCAAAAACUACCAUUUUAUGAUUCAAAACAGAUAUGUACUUAUCCCGAGUUCUUGAAAAAUGAAGACAAUCCCCCACCACUUUUGAAGUAUCAGAAGAGAUCUUGGUAUAGUCCACUUGCUAUGGAGGACCUUAGGAGCCUGUUGGAAUCCAUUUCAGCUGAAAGUGAUGUGAUGGUGAAGUUGGUUGCCGGUAACACAGGCAUAGGUUAUUAUAAAGAAGUGGAGCACUAUGAUAAGUUCAUUGAUCUCAGGUUUAUCCCCGAGCUUUCUACAAUUAAAAGGGUUGAAUCACAUCUUGAAGUUGGAGCAACUGUCACGAUCUCUAAACUCAUCUUGGCUUUAAAAGAAGAAACAAACGAUGACUCAUGCUCAGAAGGGGUAAUGGUGUUCAAGAAAAUUGCUUCCCAUUUAGAGAAAAUUGCUUCUGAAUCCAUCCGAAAUUUAGCAAGUUUAGGUGGGAAUUUGGUGAUGGCACAGAAGGGGUUUCCUUCAGAUAUUGCCACAGUACUUCUUGCUGUGAAAUCAAAAGUUGCUGUCAUGACCGGGAUAGAAAAGGAAUUUCUUACAUUAGAGGAGUUUCUGGCAAGGCCUGCUUUAGAUUCAAGAAGUGUUCUUUUAAGUGUUCAUGUUCCAUUCUUGAAAUCAACCAAAAAUGGAUACUUGGAUAAAUCUAACACUAAACUGGUAUUUGAAACUCAUCGUGCUUCUCCACGUCCUCUUGGGAAUGCAUUAGCUUAUUUAAACGCGUCUUUCUUGGCUGACGUUUCUACAUGUGAUAAUGGCGUUGUAAUUAACAGCAUUCAGCUAGCUCUUGGUUCUUUUGGGAUUAAGCAUGCAGUGAGGGCAAGCACGGUUGAAAAUUAUCUUGUUGGAAAAAUGUUAACCUUUGGUUUGCUAUAUGAAGCUCUCAAAUUAAUGAGGGCUGCUGUCUCCCCUGAAGAUGGGACAUCCCAUCCCACUUAUAGGUCAAGCUUGGCCGUUAGUUUUCUGUUUGAGUUUCUCUUGCCGCUAGUGGAUGCUGGUGCCUCAAAUAUCAGCGGUUGCAUUAAUGAAUCCACCUAUAAUUCUCCAAGAGUGACAUUUGAUCAUGGUGAAAGAACACAAUUGUUGUCGUCUGCAAAACAGGUGGUGGAAUCAAGCCAUGAACAUUACCCUGUUGGUGAACCGAUCAUAAAGUCUGGUGCCGCCAUCCAAGCCUCUGGUGAAGCUGUAUUCGUAGAUGACAUCCCUUCACCGUUGAACUGCCUUCAUGGAGCAUUCAUCUACAGCACCAAGCCUUUGGCAUGGGUAAAGGGUGUUAAAUCAAAGUCCGAGAAAGAUUUACAUGCUGUUGUCUCAUUUCGCGAUAUUCCAAAAGGAGGGGUAAACAUAGGAGCUAAGACCUUUUUUGGUCCAGAACCUUUAUUCGCUGAUGACCUUACUCAAUGUUCUGGUCAGCGUAUAGCAUUUGCGGUUGCAGAUACACAGAAGAAUGCAGAUGUGGCAGCUGAUACGGCCAUAGUUGAUUAUGACAUUAAAGACUUAGAACCACCCAUAUUAACCGUUGAACAGGCUGUCGAGAAAUCGAGUUUUUUUGAAGUCCCUUCAUUCCUAUAUCCAUCACAUAUUGGUGAUUUCUCUAAAGGAAUGGCUGAAGCUGAUCAUCACAUCCACUCUGCUGAGAUUAAACUUGGAUCACAAUACUAUUUCUAUAUGGAGACACAAACCGCUUUGGCUGUCCCCGAUGAAGACAACUGCAUGGUGGUGUACAGUUCGAUUCAGGUCCCGGAGUUUGCACAAAGUGUGAUUGCACAGUGUCUUAACAUUCCUGAAAAUAACGUUCGUGUGAUUACCAGAAGGGUCGGAGGCGGCUUUGGUGGCAAGGCAAUUAAAGCUAUGCCCGUUGCAGCAGCAUGUGCACUUGCAGCACACAAAUUACGUCGCCCUGUGAGAACAUAUCUCAACCGGAAGACAGAUAUGAUACUGGCGGGAGGAAGACAUCCGAUGAAGAUUAAUUACACUGUUGGCUUCAAAUCUAACGGGAAGAUCACAGCUCUACACCUCGAUAUUUUACUCAACGCUGGGAUGGCUCCCGAUAUAAGCCCUAUUAUGCCAUGGAAUAUGGUGGGCGCACUCAAGAAGUACGAUUGGGGUGCUUUUUCGUUCGACAUUAAAGUCUGUAAAACGAACCAUUCUAGUAAAUCCGCUAUGCGAGGCCCAGGAGAGGUGCAAGCAACUUAUAUAGCUGAAGCAGUGAUAGAACAUGUUGCGGCUGUGCUUUUGAUCGAUGUUGGUUCGGUCAGGGAGACAAAUUUUCAUACGUUCGACAGCCUUCGGUUAUUUUAUGGCAAUGAUAGUGCUGGGGAGCCGUUAGAAUAUACCUUGCCAACUAUAUGGACUAAGUUGAUGAGGUCUUCAAAUUUUGCCGAUAGAGUUGAAAAGGUAAAGAAGUUUAAUCAGAGUAAUAAAUGGCGAAAAAAGGGUAUUUCUCAAGUUCCCAUUUUGCACGAGGUGUCAUUGAGGGCGACACCAGGGAGAGUGAGUAUUUUACGGGAUGGAUCGAUUGUGGUUGAAGUUGGUGGUGUCGAGUUGGGUCAGGGGCUGUGGACCAAGGUUAAACAGAUGGCUGCAUAUUGUCUAAGUGAGGUUCGAUGUGAUGGAGACGAUGCGCUCUUGGAGAAGAUUCGAGUCAUACAAGCGGACACGUUGAGUAUGGUUCAAGGGGGGUUUACGGCUGGAAGCACGACAUCGGAAGCAAGCUGUGAAGCAAUUAGACUUUGCUGCAAAGUUUUGGUCGAAAGACUCACACCUUUGAAGGAAAAGCUGCAAGAUCAAGCAGGUUCUGUUAACUGGGACUUCCUUAUUCUGCAGGCUAAUUUCCAAUCCGUAAACUUAUCAGCUAGUUCCUAUUUUGUACCCGAGUUUACAUCCAUGAGAUACAUCAAUUACGGUGCUGCAGUUACUGAGGUGGAGGUUAAUCUUCUGACUGGCGAAACCAAAAUCUUGCAAUCAGAUAUCAUAUAUGAUUGUGGGCAGAGCAUGAACCCUGCUGUGGAUUUAGGACAGAUUGAAGGGGCUUUUGUGCAAGGAAUUGGGUUUUUCAUGCUUGAAGAAUAUCUUACAAACUCGGACGGGUUGGUGAUCGUGGAUGGCACGUGGACAUACAAGAUACCGACGAUUGACACCAUACCCAACCAACUCAACGUCGAAAUACUAAACAGCGGACAUCAUAAAAAACGUGUUCUCUCCUCUAAAUCUUCUGGCGAGCCACCGUUACUUCUUGCAGUUUCCGUUCAUUGUGCAACUAGAUCCGCCAUUAAAGAAGCAAGAAACCAACUGCGUUCUUGGAAGGGGUUAGAUGAUGGUCCCGAGUCACUGAUCCAGUUAGAUGUUCCUGCGACCAUGCCUGUGGUGAAGACACUGUGUGGGCUCGAUAACGUUGAGUUCUACCUUCAAAGCUUGUUACCCGGUUCUUGAAAACGGUACAUUUCUUUACUAAUAGAAGUGGCUAGUUUUGGCUUUGUGUUCUUUCUUCAGGUCGAUCGAUAUGUACUUUGUAUCAUCAAUCAGUAAACAUUGCAAUAAGAGAGAUAGAAUAAAAUCGAUCUUUUCCAUC